AUGCCUAAUAUUUUUGAAAUAGAUUCAUGUGUAGUAAAAAAGAUUUUUUUUAGGAAUAUUGGCACUUGUAUUGAUUCAAGAUUUUGCCAACAUUAUCCAAAAAACUUGUAAUGUUCUUAAUAUAGCUUUUAUGAGGAAUUAGAAAUUAUUAUUUUAAAGUAAAAUAAAACUAAUACCAACUAAUAAAUAUUAUUACAAGAAAUUUAGAAAACUAAUCACUGUUGGUCUUCCAAAUUGAAUCCUAAAUUAGAAUACUUUAAUUAAUUAGUUGAAUAUAAUAAAUGUAAAGAGCUAUUGUAGAAUAUAGAAUUUGGUUCUAAGACAUUUACUCAGGAUGAACAGUAACCUUAAACAAAAAUAGAGUUUUAAUAAUAACAAAAUCUAUAAAGUGUUUUAUAUGAAAGUGAAAUCAAAUUAAAAUUAAUUGAUUAAUCUGUUAAAUAGAGUGUUUAAUGUAAUGCAAUAGUUUUUGAUUCUUCUGGAUAAAUAAUGGUAUCAACAGAAAAGAAAUCAAUAAAAGUAUGGAAGUUUCUAAAUGGAAAAAUUGAAUAAAUAAAAACAUUGUAAGGACACACUGAAUGGAUCUAAUGUUUAGUCUACAGUAAGAAAUAGAAUUCCUUUAUUUCAGGUGCAAGUGAUAAUACAAUAAGAUGUUGGAAAUAAUUGGACUCAUCUGAUUGGAUCAAUUCAGAACCUUAUUAAUAACAUACAAAGGUUGUAAUUUGUAUUAUAUUGAAUUCAAACGAAGAUUUACUAUUUUCUGGAAGUUUUGAUAAAUCAAUUAAAGUAUGGAAGGUUGAUUUUAAAUAAAAUAUAUUAACAUACAUGUAUUCAUUAGAUAAACAUAAUCAUUAUGUUACAGCAUUAAGUUUAAAUUAAUCAGAAACAUAAUUAGUAUCAUGUGCAACAGAUAAUAAUUAGAUUAUAAUUUGGGAAAGAAGAGAAUAAGAUAAGUUUGAAUUUAAAUAUUUUGUUAAAUAAUCAAUUUAAGAUUAUGGGCUUAAGGUGAAGUUUAUUAAAAAUAAUUAAUUUAUUUGGUAACUGGGGGAAAAGAAAUAGACAAACUAUAUAUAUUUGAAUUAAAAGAAGGAGUCUUUUAAGAAAAUUUGGACAAGACUAUUCAAUUAAUUGCAAAUAAUUAAAUAUUUGAUGAACGUUGUUUUCCAAUAAUUUAUAAUAAGGAAAGGAAUUUGAUAGUAGUAAGACAUAAAACUAAUAUUUAUAUCAUUACGGAAAUUAAUGAUGACAAAUUCAAAAUAGUUGACUAAUUGAAUUGUGACACAGAGGAUGUUUAUGGGACUAUCACAAAUAAUGGACAAUAUUUAGUCUAUUGGGAUAUUAAAACGGAAGGAUAUUCAACAUAUGAAUUAUUAAAUAAAUGA